GGGGACCUUGGGGUAUUUCAUCUUGGAAGCUCUGGGCUGGGUUUCAUCUCCUUUUUGAUGUUAAGUAGUUACCUCCAUGAGAACUGACUUCAGGGUACUCAUCGAGGAGGAGAGCAGAGUGGUCCCCACGCUGGAAAUGAGAAAGGAUGACAGUUUCUGAGACUUAACUGUUAGUGCUUGGAGGUCCCCCUCACCCAUUCAAAAUGCCUUUGAAAGCAUUUGAUACCUUCAAAGAAAAAAUUCUGAAACCUGGAAAGGAAGGAGUGAAGAACGCCGUGGGAGAUUCACUGGGGAUUUUACGAAGGAACUCUGGAAGGGCCGAAGAGGCCCGUGUGGCAGUAGUCAAGUUUCCUCCGUGUUUUCUUAUUCCAGGUUCCUAUGCGGGGGCAGUGAUAGCCAUGCCUCUGGCUGGGGUCUUGGUACAGUACAUUGGAUGGGCCUCUGUCUUUUACAUUUAUGGCAUGUUUGGGAUUAUUUGGUACACGUUUUGGCUAUUGCAGGCCUAUGAGUGCCCAGCUGCUCACCCGACAAUAUCCAGUGAGGAGAGGACUUACAUAGAGACAAGUAUAGGAGAAGGAGCCAACGUGAUUAGCCUCAGUAAAUUUAACACACCGUGGAAAAGGUUUUUCACAUCAUUGCCGGUUUAUGCAAUCAUUGUGGCAAAUUUUUGCAGAAGCUGGACUUUUUAUUUGCUGUUAAUAAGUCAGCCUGCUUACUUCGAAGAGGUCUUUGGAUUUGCAAUAAGUAAGGUGGGUCUCCUGUCAGCAGUCCCACACAUGGUUAUGACCAUCAUUGUGCCUAUUGGAGGACAAUUGGCUGAUUAUUUAAGAAGCAGAAAAAUUUUAACAACAACGGCUGUCAGAAAAAUCAUGAAUUGUGGAGGUUUUGGCAUGGAGGCAACCUUACUCCUGGUGGUUGGCUUUUCCCAUACCAAAGGGGUGGCCAUCUCCUUUCUGGUGCUUGCUGUAGGAUUUAGCGGCUUUGCUAUUUCAGGUUUUAACGUCAACCAUCUGGACAUUGCCCCCCGCUAUGCCAGCAUUCUCAUGGGGAUCUCAAAUGGAGUGGGGACCCUUUCUGGAAUGGUCUGUCCCCUCAUUGUCGGUGCAAUGACCAAGCACAAGAUAAUAUGA